CCUUCGUUUUGUCCUGUGACAACAGACAACCGAUCUCAGCUCUCUCUCUCUCUCUCUGCUACUUUCAUUCUCUCAUCCCUUCAAUUACUCUGCACAAUCACACUUCACAAGAACCCUAAUUCCUCAUCUUCAUUCCCUCACAAUUCCACACAACUCUCUCUCUCUCUCUCUCUCUCUCUCUCUCUCUAUAUAUAUAUAUAUAUAUAGAUAUGUAUAUAUGCAUAAGUAUUUGAUUCAUUUCCGAUGAGGCGAAGAGCUGUUGAUUCUCGAAGGCCAGGGAAGAGAAGAUAUACGAAGGUGCUCUGGUUCACAAUAUGCGGUGUCUUGUUUUUGCUGUUGUUGGCUCUUUUUGGACGAGGCAAAACAUCAACACCGACAUCAUUAAUGAAUCAAUAUAGAUUUUACAGGCGCAGCAAUUUUAUUAAAGGCCUUAACGUUACUGAAGAAAUUUUGAGCCCACACUCAAUCACAAGGCAACUAAAUGACCAAAUUACUCUUGCAAAAGCUCUUGUUGUGAUUGCAAAAGAAAGCAACAACCCUCAGUUUGCAUGGGAACUAAGUUCCAAAAUCCGCAACAUACAACUUCUUCUUUCAAAUGCAGCAACUAAGGAAACACCAUUGACAGCAGAAAAUUCGAAGAUCGCAAUUCGUGAUAUGGCUCUUUUGCUAUAUGAAGCCCAGCAACUCCAUUAUGAUAGUGCAACCAUGAUCAUGAGAUUGAAAGCUAGAAUCCAAUCGCUUGAAGAACAAGCCAGCUCGCUAACUGAUAGGAGCUCAAAGUAUGGGCAAAUAGCUGCUGAGGAAGUCCCAAAAAGCUUCUACUGCCUUGGUGUCAGGUUGACCAUUGAAUGGUUUAGGAACUCAACUUCCAAAACUGAACUCGAAGGAGGAAGCCAGGUUGCAGACAAACUUAAAGACAACAGCCUCUAUCAUUUCUGUGUCUUUUCUGACAACAUCAUUGCUACUUCAGUUGUGGUCAACUCAACUGCUUCAAACUCCAACAAUCCUGAUUUGAUUGUCUUCCACAUUGUGACUGAUGAAGUUAAUUAUGCCGCAAUGGAUGCCUGGUUUUCCAUGAAUAGAUUUCGUGGAGUGACAAUUGAAGUUCAGAAGUUCGAAGACUUCAGCUGGCUCAAAGCUUCUUAUGUUCCCGUCCUUAAGCAGCUCCAGGACUCAGACACUCGAAACUACUACUUCUCUGGAAACAAUGACGAAAGCCAGACCCCAAUCAAGUAUCGCAACCCUAAAUACCUCUCUAUGCUUAACCACCUCAGGUUCUACAUUCCUGAAGUUUUCCCUGCACUUGAGAAAGUAGUAUUUCUCGAUGAUGAUGUUGUGGUUCAGAGGGAUCUUUCACCACUUUUCUCUCUUGAAUUGAAUGGAAAUGUAAAUGGAGCCGUUGAGACUUGUAUGGAGACAUUUCACCGAUUCCAUAAGUACUUGAAUUACUCUCACCCACUAAUACGCACACAUUUUGAUCCAGAUGCUUGUGGUUGGGCAUUUGGAAUGAAUGUCUUUGAUUUGAUUCAGUGGAGGCAAAGGAAUGUAACUGGAAUCUACCACUACUGGCAGGAAAAAAAUAUUGACAGAACAUUGUGGAAGCUGGGAACAUUGCCUCCUGGACUUUUAACUUUCUAUGGGUUGACAGAGCCUUUGGAUCCUAGCUGGCAUGUUUUGGGAUUAGGGUACACAACUGUUGACCCACAACUAAUUCAGAAGGGGUCUGUGCUGCAUUUUAAUGGAAACUCAAAACCAUGGUUGAAGAUUGGGAUAGAGAAAUACAAACCGCUAUGGAAUAAAUAUGUUGAUUAUUUUCAUCCUAUGUUGCAACAAUGCAACAUUCAUUGACCAUGUGAUAAGGUACUAUUAUACUGAAUGCUGUACUUGAGAAUUUCUGUUAGAUUUUUUGGGGGUGUAUCAAGCAAGGUUAUGGUCAGGAGAUCGGUAUACUUGUGUUCUAUCAGUUGCAUACUUCAAUUGUAAUGAAAAUUAAUUUAUCAUAUUUUUAACUUGACGAUUGCUAUUUGCAAUAUCUUUAAUUUCUGUAUUUUCCCUCUUGUAAAUAUAUAGAUUCUAUUUAUCUA